AUGACCGACCAAUUAGAAGAAGAAUGGGAGUUAAUAAAAGAACUCUUACAAGUUCUUGGCCCUUUUGAAGAAGCAACCAGAUAUUUAGAUGAUUCUUAUUAUGCAACACACAGUCUUAUGCAUCGGGUUGUAAAAGAAUUAAAACCUAUUUUUCAACCAAAUCAAGUAAAUGAUGAAUUUUAUAACAUUGAAAAUCAUGAUGCAUUUGAUGAUUAUGAAGAAGAAGAGUUACAAAAUGAACAAUCUUGA